UGGUUCCUAGUUCUCAGCUGAUCUGCACGGAGAUAGUGAAAAAUAAGAUGGCUACGUUUCAACCGGAGACUGACACCCAUCAAUAGGUCAAAAAGUAGCGAAAAUUCGUCACUCAGAUGUCAUUUCAAGGCCGUGACUCGGAUUUCGUUUUUAUGAGAGAGUUUGAAUUAAAAUUAGCCACGGCGGAUGCAAACGGAAAAGUUAAUUGACUGUUGAACAGAUCACCGCAGAAAGCGGAUUACCCAUUGUUUGUUCUACGGGUGUCAGCUUCACGAUAUACAAACGAAUAGGUGUGAACUGAUAACUUCAGCUGAGUUAAAUCCGAUGCGAUUCCGAAAUGCCACCCAACUUCAAAAAGAAGAAACACCCCCGCAAGAACAAAAAUCAUCACCAUCAAUCAAUUGAUAAAGAAACAUAUAAGGAAGAAGAGGCCGACACCAAAUCUGCUUUGACCGAAUCGGUCACCGAAGAGAACAACAAUAAACCUUACAUUGUAAAGUACUCCGAUGUUUGCGGCCGCUACUUGGUUGCCUCGCGUGAUUUAAAAGCCGGAGAAAAAAUUAUUGAAGUAGAACCAUUGGCGAUCGGUCCGUGGGCUGAAAGUGACCCAGUUUGCCUCGGGUGCCACAGGCCAUUUCUAAAGGGCUGCAGCACGGUUAGAUGUACAGGUUGCGGAUGGCAGAUAUGUUCACCGAAUUGCAGCGGCUUAGAAGCCAAUAAUGCUCACAAAAGUCUAGAGUGCAUUCCACUCAAAGAACACAAUGUAAUCAAGCUAUUUAGUAGUAGCUCUGUUCAUCAAAUUAAAUUAAUGUACGAAGCGAUAUUCACACUUCGUUGCUUGCUGUUGAAAAAGACUGACCCAGAAAAAUACUCCCAGCUGCUAGAAAUGGAAUCUUUAAACGAACUGCGGCAACAGAACUGCAUUCUUUGGAAACGCAACCAGGAAGCCAUCGUCGAACGAAUCCGCAACGACUGGAAAUUCGAAGAGUUUUCCGAAAGCGAGAUUCACACAAUCUGCGGUAUAAUUGAAGUAAAUUCAUUCCAGAUUGGUCAAAAUGAUGUUCAUGCCAGAGCUUUGUAUCCGGAAGCAUUUUAUAUUAUGCACGAUUGCACUCCCAAUACUACACAUACUGACGAUCCGGAAACCAAUUUGCUAUCCAUACGACUAACCAAAGAUCUCAAAACAGGUGAUCCCAUCACUUUAUCCUACUCAUACACUCUUCAAGGAACUCUGAAACGCAGGCAACACUUGUUCGAUAGCAAAUUUUUCUGGUGCAGAUGCCAGCGAUGCUCGGAUCCGACCGAAUUUGGGUCAAACUGCAGUACUUUGAUAUGUACUAAAUGCUCCAAUGGGCUCGUAUUGUCAACCAAUCCACUUGAUCAAGAAUCAGAUUGGAAAUGUAAGUCCUGUGAGCAUAUUAUUUCAGCAGAAAUUGUAACUCGCCUUCUAGACCGACUAUUCAAAGAAGUCGAUGCCAUCGACGGAAACAGCAUUGAGUUGUACGAGAAAUUCAUCGAUUCAUAUAAAUCAACUCUCCAUUUUAAUCACUAUUUGUUCCUUUCGGCCAAGCACUCAUUGUGCCAACUGUACGGUAAGAUAUCUGGAUACCUCAUACCUGAUAUGAGUUUGCAACAAAUUAAACACAAGGAAAUACUCUGCCGUGAUCUGCUUUCCGUUGUCGACUUGUAUGAACCAGGACUUAGUCGUUUGAGGGGAGUGAUCAUGUACGAGCUUCAUGUGCCAAUAAUGAUACUAGCAAAAUAUCAAUUCGAAACGCAUCAGAUCAAUAACAACCAGUUGAAGAGAAAACUGAACGAAGCUCUGAAACUGUUAAAGGAAAGUGCUAUGAUACUUUCAUUCGAACCAGCUGGAUCUCCGGAAUACGAAAUGGCAACUGCAGCGUGUGAUGCCGUUGAAAAGAUGGGAAGUUUAAAUAGCUAAAUGUUUGUUUUUUACUGCACGGUAUGAUACCUUUUGGAAAAUGUGAUACUUUGGAAAUAUAAAAUCGAAUUUUAUAUGAGCAAUGCUCCUUUUGAAGUAUUAAAAUUAUUUCGGAAUUUUUUA